AUGCGAGAAAAAAGAAAAAAAAGCAUAUCAUCCAUUCUAACAAAGAGUACUUUGGAGAAAUUUCCAGGUAGCAUCAAAAUUCAAACAUCACAAAAUAUGCCUAAAGCAAAGAGAGUUGGCCAAGGCAUGCAAGCAAAGAGAACUGGCCAAAGCAUGCAAGCAAAGAGAGUUGGCCAAGGCAUGCAAGCAAAGAGAAAUGGCCAAGGCAUGCAAGCAAAGAGAACUGGCCAAGGCAUGCAAGCAAAGAGAGUUGGCCAAGGCAUGCAAGCAAAGAGAACUGACCAAGGCAUGCAAGCAAAGAAAGUUGGCCAAAGCAUGCAAGCAAAGAAAGUUGGCCAAGGCAUGCAAGCAAAGAGAACUGGCCAAGGCAUGCAAGCAAAGAAAGUUGGCCAAAGCAUGCAAGCAAAGAAAGUUGGCCAAAGCAUGCAAGCAAAGAAAGUUGGCCAAGGCAUGCAAGCAAAGAGAACUGGCCAAAGCAUUCUACCAAUUAUUGCGCAAAAAAAUACCUAA